ACUAUAGCUAGACUUUAGGCCCAUUAGGGUGGAAUCAAUCUAGAAUUAUACUAUAAAUUGGGAAUCAACGCUCAUUCUCUGGAAAUAGAACUAACUACAACGAUUAGAGAGAGAAAGAGUAAUCAUUCAUUCAUUCAUGGCUGAAGUAACCGUUUCAAAGUGUAACCAAGAAGAAGAAGAAGAAGAACUCGUCGUCAACAAGGUUCAAAUUGAUGAUGAUGAUGAUGAUGAUGCCGCCGCCGUCACUGUCACCGGAAACAACAAGAUUGCUGCUGCUCAGCAACAACAACAACAACAACUCGAAGGCAAGAAGAAACGUCUCUUGGAAGAACUCGAAUCUGCUUUCACCAUCGCUACUCCCAAACUUAACUCCUCCUUAGGUUUUUCAAACAUUGAAGUCAUUGAUGAAACUGCUUUGCUCGAUUGCAUUCCCAUCAACAACGGAAAACCAAGAAGAAAUCCUUCUAAGAAGAUCAACAAGAACAACACCGUCGCACCACCCAGAACCACCGGAACUGACAAGAAGAAGUACUCUCGAGAGAUGAUGGAGUCUAUGAGGUUUGUGAAUGUCUCUCAGCAGCUCAAAUUCUGGAAAACAAUCUACACCGCGCUUCAAUCUGCUUUUGCUGAUGAGUAUGAUACAUUGGUCGUUGCCGCCACCGCUCACAACAACCGUCACUCUCUUCCGUUCCAUCCCAACAAGAAACCAAUUCUCACUGGUGCAGUGUAUUGUGGAAAUAUGGAUAAUGAACGACAAUUCAGGGAAAGUGGUGGAAGUGUGAGCCAUGUUGAUCCUUCUUAUACUCAUAGUAUUAUGAGUAAGCAUGGGUGCUCAGUUUCAGAAGAGUGCUUUGAAGAUGACGAUGAUGAUAGUGAGGAUGAUUAUGCUAGCAUCCAGAGGCCUGCGUUUCAGGUAGAUGGAGAACCUAAUUUUGAUUCUGGUCCACCAGAAGACGGAUGGGAAUAUCUUAGGCGUGUCAGAUGGGAGGCACAUCAAAUUCCUAAAGUGAAGGUAUCCAAACUUGAUAGAAGUAAACUUAACAAGGAACAAAGUCCUUAUAUGCCCCAGAUUCCUGAUAUUGCCAAGUGUCCUGAGCAUCUGUUGCCAUUGAAACAAUGGGAGGAUAUAUUUCUUGCAGAAUUUUCAGUACUAAGAGAGAACCUGUAUAGUCUUGAAGGUUUAAGUGCCACGCAAUCUGGCAAUCUACAAUCUCUUAUUUCCUCAAAGUUACCUGGAAAUAAUUUUGGAGUGAUGAACAGAGAUGUGCUACUUCAUAAUAACGCGAGCAUUGGUAAGGCUGAUCAACCUAGUAACUUGACUGCUAAAGAUGAGGAUAGCACCAUGCCUCCUGAGAAUCCUGUAUUGAAAAGAUCCAUAGAUCAAACUAGCAGCAGCUGUUCCACUCCCCUGGUUUCUGCAAUCCUAGGGAUGGACUCUGUAGCCCGAGUAUCAAUGCUGCUGAAACGAAUUCGUUUGCUAGAGCCUGAAAACACCAUCACAAGAAUUGAUUGCAUGUGGCUUUUUGCUCUGUGUGCAGCAGUAGAUGCUCCACUAGAUGCAGACACUUGCGCUGCACUCCGGAGUCUGCUGCGGAAGUGUGCUAGCAUUCGUGCUGGUAAAGCUGAACUGGAUGAUGAGGUUGUAAUGUUGAAUAUAUUGGCUACAAUUUCAGGGAGAUAUUUUGGACAAUCUGAAAAUUGAAUUCCCAGUUUGCAACUUAAUGACAAUUUAUGUUUUAGAAUUGGGAUGGAGCCAAGAACAUGUAUGGCUAUAUUUUCAGAUGAUGCAUAAUGUCUAAUGUAUGAUUGUAAGAAUUUCAAAAUGCAUUGUUAUGUUAUACUCUAGUAUUUUGACCAAGUCA